UUAUUUCAUGCUGUUGACCUGGAUAUUAUUCUUUGACAGUACACGAGUUUUUGGAGUUUCAACAGAGUCUAUGCAGCUUUCUUCCGACCCCAGAGGUAAUUGUGUGCCUACAAUACUUCUGAUGAUGCAAAGACGCUUGUACUCCCAAGGUGGUUUGCAGGCUGAAGGAAUCUUCAGAAUUAAUGCCGAGAAUGGCCAGGAAGAGUUUGUCAGGGAACAAUUAAAUAAUGGGGAGGUACCAGACAAUAUUGAGGUUCAUUGUUUAGCAGGUCUUAUUAAGGCUUGGUUCAGAGAACUCCCGAGAGGAGUGUUGGACUCUCUCUCACCAGAAGAGGUUAUGCGGGCUCAAUCGGAAGAAGAGUGCACUCAGCUUGUAUGGCUCCUUCCACCUACCGAUGCUGCUCUAUUGGAUUGGGCAAUUAACUUAAUGGCUGAUGUCGCUCAGCUCGAAGAUCUUAACAAAAUGAAUGCACGUAAUAUUGCCAUGGUUUUCGCACCAAAUAUGACGCAGCUGCAGAUGGCAGAUCCUUUGACAGCAUUGAUGUACGCGGUCCAAGUAAUGAACUUUCUAAGGACAUUGAUAAUCAAAACCUUGAGAGAAAGAGAAGAUUGUAUGGUUCAAACUGAUCCUGCUUCAAAGUUAAAGCCUUCUGAUGGAGAUGAUAGUGAUGGCACAUCCAAACCAAUAAUUAACGUGGCCAACACAGAGAACCAAUUUAAUGUUGCUCAAGUAUCACCAUCAAAGUACAACCCAAACUCCUUCCCGGCUGAAUCAAAAACUGAAAAAUGGCAAGCUCUGAGGGAUUUCCAGUUGUUGAUGCGGAAAAAGAGUUGAAUCCAGGCCGGAACAAGGAUGUUCAGGUUGAUCCCAUUUCAUGAGAAGUUGCUGCUUCUAAGGUAAUUACAAUUACAGCCAUCAAAAUUAUCUAUCUAAUGGUUUGUGUUGACCUCGUUUCCGGUUAGGGGCCAUGUGGAUAACAGAUAUCGGACCCACCCGCGCAUAUGUAAGCAAAAGUCUAACACGCUAAGACACACACAGUGUCUAGAACGGUUUGAAAAAAGGCGUGUGAGCAGCUCAAAGGCGCGGGAUGACAAUGUUUGGAAUCCGACGAUACAUUUGUAAAAUGAUUGUACAAUAAUUACCAAUCUGAUUGAUGAACAUUAUGGAAACUUAAUUGUAUUCGUAAGAGAGUAAAAAUGAGAUGAAUUGUUUUGCAUUUA